UUGUUCGUUUUGAAAAUUAAAAAUAUAAAUCUCUUUUCAUCGUGAUUGCAUGCUUCCUGUUAAGCACUUCUUUACAAGCAUUAAUCCAUAAAGUUGAAAGUGUUUUAGUAUAUUGCAACCCACCUUAAUUGUUAUGGCAAGUGUAGAAAAUAUCUGUCAUGCCCACAACUGUGAAGCAUCAGUCGUAGAUGGAAGAAUAAUUGCUUCGCUUGGAGAUUCACAAAAUAAUCAGAAUGAUGAAAUGGGUCUUUCUCAAGGUGAUUACCAAAAUCAUCAGGAAGAGCUUAACUGCAACACUCCGAUUACAACUAUCUUUUUCGAUAUGGACAAUACGUUGAUUCCGACUCGAAAAGGUGAUGCUAAGGCCUGUAGCAAGAUAGCCGACCUGCUGCAAACGGAACAUGGUCUAACUCGCGAGACGGCAACCGAUAUCGGCAAUACCUAUCUGACCGCAUUUCGUCGGUGCCCGGACAACCCGGACCUGCCGCUGGCCCAGUGGCGUACACAGCUGUGGGAGGAUUCGCUGCCAGUUGGCCAUAAGCAUCUCGCCCACCAGCUGUACACACGAUGGCUAGAGUAUCGCACCCGCUAUCUGGCGCCCGGAGCGGAGGUCAUCGCAAUGCUUAAAUCCCUUCGCCGGAACUACUUACUGGGGAUCAUCUCCAACGGGCCUUCGGCGGCGCAGUGGGAAAAGAUCGACAGGUUGGCUCUGAAUCGUUAUUUCGAUUGUAUUCUAAUUUCCGCAGAUCUGCCGUGGGCCAAGCCAGACCGGAACAUCUUUUAUGCCGCAUGCCAUUAUUUGGGAGUGCGACCGGACGAAUGUGCCAUGAUUGGUGAUAAGCUGGAAACUGACGUUCAGGGUGGCGUCGAAUCCAAGUUAGGUGCCACUAUCUGGUUACCGCUACCUAAGGAUCUGUGCCUGAUGCAUGACAAAACACUUGCCGACCUGGAUGAUCACAUUCGACCGGAUUGUGUUGUCCACAAUCUGCUAGAUCUGCCGGCCGUUCUGCCGAAACAACCGGACACGUUUUUUAGAGGGCACCAGCAACGGUUGCAGCAACGACCGUUAGAAGGUAGGCGUGGAUCUGAUUCGUUUAUACCAAAGACAACUCGCAACCGCGAGGCUAGCUACAAUCGUUUCCUACCGGAUGUUCCUGAUCUGUUCAGCUGUAGCAGUAAUUCAUGUGAUAGUAAUGGCAGCACCGAAAGUAAUUAGGCCGCUAGAUUGGUUUGCGGAUAUUCUUCUCUUAUCCGAACGUAGUAGAAUGGGUCUCUAGUAGUGACGACAAAAGCAAGCGGAUAGUAGAUCCAAAUGCAUUGACAAGCGUUAAAUAUCAGACAAGCAAUGGAACAGAACAAACCGGAACCAAACCAUACUUCCCUCCUCGAAACGAGUAUCGAAGUACCUGAGAUUACAAGGCAAACACGCAAGAAUUUAGAAUACAAUAUCAUGCUAGUUUUGUACUCUGUAAAAAAACCUAAUAAGUUCUAUCCCACACGAUAAGCUGUGGGUGCAGAAUCUGGCAGGCCAGACUGUCACCGUAACCGAGCUCAACUAAAUAGUGCUAAUCAACGGAAAGAAACAACCAUUGUGAAGAUUUGUUUACAUCAUUCU